UACAUGAAGUUCACGACGCAGAAACAAUAAAGAUAAACACGAUGAUGUUUAAUACCCAUUCUACCGAUAGUGAUACCGGACAGCUAUUAAUAUUAACCGAUGGUGAUGAUCCUAAUACUUUAAAUUCUAAAAAAGUAAAUCCAACAAAUAGAAAAAGAACAAGAGCUACUAGGGA